GAGACAAAGGCAGAGCAAGAGGAGAGAGCGAAAGGGAGCAAGAGAGUGAGAGAGAGGGAGAGACGUGCACACACACACACAUACGGAACGAGACGGGAGGAGAGAAGAGGAGUGGAGAGAAUGCCUGGCGAAAGGGUGGCGCUUCCUCGCUUGCUGCUUCCAGGGCCUCUGUGAGAGACAGACACCAUGGGCUGCAUCGGCUCCCGGACCAUCACAGCGGACGCUGUUCCUGUACGGAAAGAUGGGGAGCAGCUCUCUAUGGAGGACACUUCCUCCAUCCUGCCUCGUCUGAAGAGGAACUCCAACGCCUACGGGAUCGGUGCUCUGGCUAAGUCCUCACUGACAGGUGUGUCAGGCGUGUCCCGUUCCAUGAAGGAUAAAGUAACUAAGCCCACUGCCAUGGCCUCGGGCAAAGUGGCUCACAUGAUCGAAUGGCAGAGCUGGAACACACCAUCCACUGGGACUGAAGGGGCUGUGGUCACCAAAAUCCCAACCUCGCAACGUGAGAAGGAGAGGCGGAUAGAGAGCGAAAUGUACAGUGAACUCAGUGAAGGAGAAAAGGAGGCCCGCUUCACUGCAGGAUUAAUGGCACAAUUUGCCUUAUCGGAGGCUACUUUGCUGGGCUGGAGAUCUAUGGAGGAAGAUGGCCUUUGUGCUGGCUCCAAACAAGGCAGCGUGGCCCACCUCAGUGAGACCAACCAGGAGAGCAUCACCAGCAGAGACCAGGCGAUGCAUCACUCCUCAGCCGACGUAUGGCCCAACACCUACGUAGCCCAGGGCCUCUACUGCCUUUCCUCCUCUGACGCCUGGGAGCCAAUUAGCAACGACCCCUCGGGCGUGGCCUCGCCGGCCGCCUACGUCAUGGCAGGUGGGGGAGGAGGGACGCCCGGUGAGGGCUACGGUGAUGUGGACAAUGUGGGGGGCUACAUCCAGCAGCAGCCCCAACAGCUCACCCUGCAGCAGCAGAGCCAGCUGCAGCUCCAGCAGUUGCAGCAGAUCCAGCUGUACCAGCACCAGCAGCUAAUGCUCUACCAACAGCAACAGGCAAUGGAACACAGACUACACAGUGCAAACCACUCCCUCCAAGCCACACCCAACAGCACCAUUCACAGUCUAGGCCUGCCCACUCAUCCUCGCCUGGCUGACCUGUGGGGCUCUGCGCAGGUGGAGAUUGUCGGACACAUGAGCGGGCCAAUGGCUGACAUGGUUGUUGGUGUGGUCGAGACCUUGGGGGAGGAGCCAGAGGAGGAGAGCGAAUGCAUUUCAGAGCAACAGGAAGAGGAGGAGACUAAGGACGAUGAGGUUACGUUAACCUUAGAACCAACUUUGACCCCGUCCCCGCUUAGAGAAGACGCCACCCCGAUUGGAGGCACCGGUCCACAACUAGCACGCCCAGAACCAAUGGCAGAACGCAUACCCUUUGUGGUCACACCCUGCAUUGUCCAAUCGUUGGAGGAGAAGGACGAAGAGGUGGCCAAGGGGUCUAUUGUUGCCGUGGCGACCAAUUGAGGGGGAUAGUCAGAAAGAGUGACAAACAGGAUAUACUUAUCCAUAAUCCACCAAUCAAGCUAUUCUCCUCCACAUCCAGCUAUUUACCCACUCUGGGACUGAGAAAAAACAGAACGACUUUUCCUGGAGGAGAAAGUAUUGGAUACGACAAUGAUAAAAGGGAAUUUUAAAGACAAAUCUGUCGUUUUGCAGAAACGUGAGGACUUGUUUUGCAGUAAUAUUGAACUAAUGAAUUAAAAUUGAAAGAAUGGAGUAUAGAGAAAGAAAAAGGACGCUGUGAAAAGAUCAGUGCAUUACAGAGAAUCACAAGACAACCAAAAGAAAGUGCAUGCUUUUGAAAGUAAUUUAACAUUAAUAGUAAAACGUAUACAAAGUAAUAAUAUAUACAAUACCGGUCCAAAGUUUUAGAACACCUACUCCUUCAAGGGUUUUUCUUUAUUUUUUAUAACUAUUUUCUACAUUGUAGAAUAAUAGUGAAGCCAUCAAAACACAUAUGGAAUCAUGUAGUAACCAAUAAAGUGUUAAACAAAUCAAAAUAUAUUUUAUAUUUGAGAUUCUUCAAAGUAGCCACCCUUUGCCUUGAUGACAGCUUUGCACACUCUUGGCAUUCUCUCAACGAGCUUCAUGAGGUAGUCACCUGGAAUGCAUUUCAAUUAACAGGUGUGCCUUCUUAAAAGUACAUUUGUGGAUUUUUUUUCCUUCUUAAUGUGUUUGAGCCAACCAGUUGUGUUGUGACAAGGUACAGAAGAUAGCCCUAUUUGGUAAAAGGCCAAGUCCAUAAUAUGGCAAGAAAACCUCAAAUAAGUAAAGAGAAAUGACAGUCCAUCAUUAAGGCAGGAAGGUCAGGCAAUACGGAACAUUUCAAGAACUUCGAAAGUUUAUUCAAGUGCCGUCGCAAAAACAUCAAGCGCUAUGAUGAAACUGGCUCUCAUGAGGACCGCCACAAGAAUGGAAGACCCAGAGUUGCCUCUGCUGCAGAGGAUAAGUUCAUUAUAUUUACCAGCCUCAGAAAUUGCAGCCCAAAUAAAUGUUUCACAGAGUUCAAGUAACAGACACAUCUCAACAUAAACUGUUCAGAGGAGACUGUGUGAAUCUGGCCUUUGUGGUCAAAUUGCUGCAAAGAAACCACUACUAAAGCACACCAAUAAGAAGAAGAGACUUGGGCCAAGAAACACAAGCAAAGGACAUUAGACCGGUUUUUCGAUUUUUGGUUCCAACCGGUGCGUAUUUGUGAGACUUGGUGUGGGUGAACAGAUGAUCUCUACAUGUGUAUUUCCCACCGUAAAGCAUGGAGGAGGAGGUGUUAUGGUGUGGGGGUGCUUUGCUUGUGACACUGUCUGUGAUUUAUUUAGAAUUCAAGGCACACUUAACCAGCAUGGUUACCACAGCAUUCUGCAGUGAUACGGCAUCCCAUCUAGUUUGGGCUUAGUGGGACUAUCAUUUGGUUUUCAACAGGACUAUGACCGAACACACCUCCAGGCUGUGUAAGGGCUAUUUGUCCAAGGAGAGUGAUGGAGUGCUGCAUCAGAUUACCUGGCCUCCACAAUCCCAACCUCAAGCAACUUGAGAUGGUUUGGGAUGAGUCGGACCGCAGAGUGAAGGAAAAGAAGCCAAUAAGUGCUCAUUAAAUGUGGGAACUCCUUCAAGGUUGUUGGAAAAGCAUUCCAGGUGAAGCUUGUUGAGAGAAUGCCAAGAGUGAGCA